AUGAAGCUUUGGCAUUUGGAGAAUGAUCUCCUUUACGUUAAACUUGAAAAUCAACCAUUUCGUCAAUUUGUACCGGCGUGGGACAUGAAAUUUCAUCAAUCACUUUUUCAACAAUUUCAUAUAAAUGAUCAUCAUAUAAAUGCAAAAGAAUGUUUUAAUAAAAUUUAUAUAAAUCAUAUUGGUAUCACUAGAAAUGAAGUUUAUGAGUUGGUUCAGAAUUGCAACAUUUGUAAUAGAACAACAUCGAUUAAAGAAAAAGAUGAUAUAAUACCAGUUGUUAGCUACGGUCCUAUAAAACAUCUUCAAAUGGAUCUUGUAGACUUUACAGCAUAUAAAGAACAAAAUGAUGGCUUUGCAUGGCUUCUUACAAUCGUCUGCAUUUUUUCAAAGUUUCUUUGGACUAUUCCGCUUAAGACUAAAGAAACUGUGAUCGUUGGGGAUGUCUUGGUUUCUUUAUUUGCUCAAUGGGGUGCGCCAUCGAUCCUUCAAUCUGAUAAUGGCAAGGAAUUCGUUUCCAAUAUCAUUAAAAAUAUUUGCAUGGCUCUUGGGAUUACAAUUCGACAUGGUCGUCCACGAUAUCCACAAUCACAAGGUCAAAUAGAGCGAUUAAAUCAGACAAUCAGACGUGAAUUUACAAAAAUGAUUGCUCACAAUAAAACUCCCCGUGAAGUUAUGUUUGGUUAUAAAUUCCUUGGAAUUUAUCAAAAAUUUAAUCUGAAAGAUAUAGAAGCUGUUCAAGAAAUAGACAAUUCACCUGAAAUUCAAUUUGAGAAAUUACACAAAUAUAUGAUUAAAUAUUCUAGUGUUCACCAUCGUACAAAUAUUCUUGAACCAGGCCAAUCAGUUGCAAUUGCUCCAGAUACUGAUAUGAACCCAUCGACUAAAAAGCGCAAUUUGGAAGUUACUUUUAAGGAUACCGGAACGAUUAUUGGUAUAACAAACAAUAAUAAGACCAUUAUUAUUGAAAUGCCUGAGGGAAAUACUAAACGUUGUCCUUCAAAAAGG